CACUCUCUGUCUGUCACAGCCUAUUUAGAUCUCCCUAAACGCACAGCCCGAAAUCCGACUGCCAAACGCUCCGGAGGUCGGGCUCAGCUUUUGGCAAGCCACCCCUGGCUGUGCCAGUGGCCAGCGUCACCUGGUCACAGCCCUCCAGGGCUGGGUUUGCCGGGUACUGCUCGCCUGCGGAGGAUGGGGACAAGGCAGGCUGCACCGCGCCACGGCGCAGGAAACGCCAACGCCACAGACCACCAGCAGCACCAAGGCCCAGGUCAGCCCCGCUCUCAGGACGAGACACACCUGCAGAGAGCCAACUGCAAGGAACAAACUGCUUUCUCCAACAUUUUAAACCACUGGAGGAUCUGCAAUCAUUUUGCUUUAAAAACUGUGCAAAUCUGGAUACAAUUUUACAGAUGAAAUGACAUGUGCAGUAGUUCUCUUAUAUUGGAUGUAAAAAUUAGGUACGAUAUACAGAAAUGGAAGUGUUGCAGUCUGACGCCACUCAAGACAUAAACGUGUUAGUUCCAGGAAAUUCAAAGGAACAGCCUUUCCCACAGCCAUUCUCUGUAGCAGACUGACACAGUGCAGCAAACAAACAAAAUCCCCUCAGUCUUGGAGCUGCAUAUUUAGUUAAAAUAGGACAAAAAUUUUCUACUUUACUUUUCUACUGAAGCCUACAAAGAGAGUCCUUGAUACCUCCUGUCAGAAAAGCCAACUCACACAAGGAGUUUACGAUGUCAAGCAACAUUUCUGAAUGUCAUCUCUAUGAAGAAAUGGAACCUUUUACCUAUUUUUACUACUUGGUUUUUCUUACGGGAAUUAUUGGAAGCUGUUUUGCACUGUGGGCAUUCACGCAGAAAGAUAAGAAACAGAAGUGUAUGAGCAUCUACUUAAUCAAUCUCCUCACUGCAGAUUUCUUGUUGACUUUGACAUUGCCCGUGAAGAUUACUGUGGACCUAGGAAUUGCGUCCUGGAAUCUGAGAAUAUUCCACUGCCAAGUCACGGCCUGCUUCAUCUACCUGAACAUGUAUUUAUCAAUCAUAUUUUUGGGAUUUGUGAGCAUGGAUCGCUGCCUCCAGCUGAUGCACAGCUCUAAGAUCUACCGCAUUCAGGAGCCUGGGUUUGCCAAGACGUUGUCUGCAGUCGUAUGGAUCAUGGUUCUCCUCAUAACUGUACCUAACAUGGCUAUUCCCAUAAAACACAUUGAAGAAAGACCUGGCAUAGGCUGCAUUGAUUUCAAAACAAAAUUUGGGAGAGACUGGCAUGUGUUCACUAAUUUCAUCUGCACAGCAAUAUUCCUGAAUUUCUCGGCUGUGAUACUGAUUUCCAAUUUUCUCAUUGUUAGACAGCUCUACCGCCACAAGUACAGUGAGAGUUACAGCAGAGUGAAGAAGGCGCUGACCCACAUCCUGCUGGUGACGGCCGGGUACCUGCUCUGCUUCGUGCCCUACCACGCCGUGCGCAUCCCCUACACGCUGAGCCAGAGCAACACCAUAACCAGCUGCCCCCUCAAACGGGCUCUCUUCAAAGCCAAGGAGUCUACCUUGCUGUUUGCAGUCUCAAACCUCUGCUUUGACCCCAUUCUCUAUUACCACCUUUCCAAAUCGUUCAGACUGAAAUUCACGGAGACGUUUGCAGCCCCCAAGGAGACAAAGGCCCUCACGGACGCGGAGGUGCAGCACAGCAGCGAACAGCAGAUGUGCAGCCCUGACUGCAAAGCACACGAGCCCACCUGCAGCACCAACAGCUGCUGGGUGACUGCAGACGUGGGCACCACAGCCGACAACGCUCCUGAAGAGUCGUGAGCCCAAGCAGGAGGAGAACACCCCAUCAGUGAACACCCAUCGCUGUGUGGCACGCUCACACAGCAGCCCUGAGCACACACAGCCUUCAGGGAUGCCUUUCACAAACAGCUCCGUGAACAGCGGUGACCCACCGGGACCAGCAACGCGUAAGAAUACAUGGCCAGACUCAACUGUACCUCGGAAUUGUUCAUGGCAGACACCUGAACUCACCUUUACUAAGUUAAAUAUUGUGCAUUUACUAUAUUAAAUGACUUGGUGCUAUCAAGUGAAGAAAUUAUUUAACAGCAGUUCUCCAGCUGCAAAGCUGAUUGGACAAGAUUAACCAUAAAGAAUUUUAGAAGGCAUUAUUUACUCCAGAAAGGGAUUUUAAACAGCACUGAAAAUUAUUGUAUCUGCUUACAGCACACCUGCAGGCUUCAUAAAUAAACUUCUUGUUCUUGCCAAGUUC